AUGUCACCCCAGCCUCAAGAUUUCGGUCACUACAAAUUACUUGAAACUCAUCAUGUCAACUACGCUCCUCUAGUCGUAUCAAAAUGGAGAUCACAACGAACUGGUUUGACGGUUGUGGUGGGACAACACAAAGCUCCCAUUACAAACGGACACUUUGUCAUCGCUUCAGAAAUCUUCGACGACUCUGGUAGACCGCACACGUUAGAACAUCUCGUCUUCUUAGGAAGUAAAGAUUAUCCUUAUAAAGGUGUUCUUGAUCAGCUGGCGAAUAGAGCAGGAAGUAAUGGUACCAACGCUUGGACUGCCAAUGAUCAUACGGCUUAUACUAUCGCCACCGCCGGAACACAAGGAUUUCUAAAGAUGCUCCCCAUAUAUGUCGACCACAUCUUCCAUCCUACCAUGACGGACGCAGGUUUCGUUACCGAAAUACACCACAUCAAUGAGGCGGGUGAAGAUGCGGGAGUGGUGUAUAGUGAGAUGCAAGCUAGGGAGAAUACAUCGGGUGAUCUCAUGGCGUUGGAGUCUCAACGACUUUUAUACCCUCAAUCAUCUGCCUAUAGGAGUGAAACAGGAGGGCUGAUGUCCCAAUUACGUAUAUUGACACCUCAACAGAUACGAGACUACCAUGCCAGUUACUACGUUCCCCAUAAUUCUUGUCUCUUGAUAGACGGCGCUGUCCCUCUCGCUGAACUCUUCCAUGUACUCAACGAGGAAGUAGAUCCACUCAUUCUCAAAAACCUAGCCACCUCUUCAAGGAAAUGGCACCUACCAACAGACUGGAAACGACCUUUCAUCGAAUCUACCACCUCUCAACCACUUUCCAUCCCAUCUCCAAAAACCCAAGUGGUGGAAUUCAUGGAAGAAGAUGAAUCAAUGGGUGAAAUCGUUCUUCUCUGGCUCGGUCCAUCACCAAUGGAUUAUCUCUCCGGUCUCGCCCUCAAGAUUCUCGGCUCAUAUCUGACCCUCACCGCCACAGCUCCUUUACAGAAAGAGUUUAUCGAAAUCUCUAAGCCCUAUGCCAGCUAUAUAGGAGUCUCAUCAGAGGAUAGGGUAAACAAGAAUGAGAUCUCAAUGUACAUCUCUGACGUACCUACCAAACAUCUGGAAGAACUACCGAAACUAAUUCUGGAGAAAUUGAGGAAGAUCGCCGAAGAGGAAGGUGUGGACGAGGAGAGGAUGAAGUUAGUGUUGAGACAAGAUAAAAGAAAGUUGUUGGAUCAUAUGGAGACCAGUGUAUCGGGUGUGUUGUCGGAUGUAGUGAUUGGGGACUUCCUGUAUGGCGACCUAGAGGGGAAAGACCUUCCCUCCGCAUUCGACGAUCUGAAAGAUUAUGCGAUCCUGGAAAAAUGGUCUGGCUCAGAUUGGCAAAGCUUUCUCAAAAAGCAAGUCAACCUUCUUCCGGCCCAUCAAUACUUCAUCUCUCAGAAUUGCCUGACAAUCAUCGGCAAACCCUCCGCGGCGUUAGCUCAAAAGAUCGAAUCCGACGAGAAGGAACGUAUUGCCAAGCGAAAAGAAGAAUUCGGGAAAGAAAAGUUGGAAGAAUUGGGAAGAAUGUUGAAGAAAGCUAAAGAAGAGAGUGAUACGCCUCCACCGGAAGAAAUGAUCACUUCAUUUCCUCUGACCGAUCCAAAAUCCCUCACUUGGAUACCUGUGGAAACGGCAAUCAACAAUGCCCUAGGUGAAUCCAAAUCUGGUGACCGGGGUGAACUUCAAAAACGGAUCGAAUCGGAUGGGAAUGUUCUGCCAUAUGAAGUCCACUUCGCUAAUGUUGAUUCGAAUUUCGUACAUGUUUCCGUAUUGUUCGAUACUAUUCAUCUCAAGGCAGAAUUGAGACCAUACAUGUCAAUAUUCCAGAACGCUCUUUUCCGUUUGGGUGUGAAAAAGCCCGACGGAUCGGAACUAUCAUAUGAACAGGUGGUUGAUCAAUUGAACGAUCUGACAGUCUCUCACUCGGCCUCAUUCUCAUUCCGUAACUCAUUCUCCGAGGUAUUCCUGAUCUCGCUCAAGGUGGAGAAACCUCGAUACGAAGAAGCGGUAGAGUGGAUAAGAGAUCUCAUCACCGGGGGUAUAUUCACGAAAGAGAGGAUCUCAAUCAUCUUAGCUAAAAUGGCGCAAGAAUUACCUUACAACAAACGUCAAGGAGAUUCAGUCUCCCUUGCCACUUUGAAUAGUAUCCUGUAUGAUCCGUUGAAAUCCACUUCUGAGGCGUGCGGGCUGUUGAAAGCUCUUGAGUUCGUACCGGAGACAAUGGAGCUGCUGGAGGGUUCACCAGAGGUUGUGUUGAGUCAUCUGGAGGAGAUAAGGGCAUAUCUGUUGGAUCCGGCUAUCAUCCGUGUAUCGGUGAGGGGUGAUGUGAAGAGUUUGCAACAUCCUAGGAAGGUAUUGCAGGAGAAGUUUUUCCGUAUCGAGGACCCAAAACCUUUGCGGCCUAUAUCAACAUCAGCUGACACACUUUCUGUAUUGGGUAAAAAUCCCAAGGCAAAAUGUAUCAUAAUUCCCAUGAGUUCGAUAGAAGGAAGUUAUUCAAACCAUUCAGCCCUCGGACCCAAAGGUUUUUCUCAUCCGGAUUUACCAGCAUUAUUACUCUCCGCGGCAGUAUUGAACGCCACUGAAAGUUAUCUAUGGAGAUCUAUCAGAGGAAAUGGAUUAGCUUAUGGGGCUCAUGUGGAUGUUGAUGCUGAAUCGGGUUUAGUUGGGUUUUCAGUGUAUCGGAGCCCAAACGCAUUGGAAGCGUAUCGUGCAGCUGGGAAACUCCUUCAAGGUUUAGCGGACGGAAGUGUGGAAUUGGAACAAAGUAUAUUAGAUGGAGCUAGAGCGACCAUGACGUUUAGCUAUGCUCGUGAAUCUGAGACUGUGUCUGCUGCGGCUGCUAGUGCGUACUUGAACGAAGCUCUCAAAGGAUUAGGGAAAGAUCAUCAUCAGCAUGUAUUGACUGUUCUCCCUUCCAUCACCCUAUCCCAAAUCCGUCAAACGAUCAAAACCCACUUUCUCCCCAUCUUCUCCUCUCAAACCAGCGUGUGCGCCAUCACGGUCAACAGCGGUAAAGCGGAGGAAGUGGAGGGGAUUGCGAAAGAGAUGGGGUUCGAAGUGGAGAGGAAGGAGUUGCCAGUUUUGGGUGAUGAAGGGAGUGAGGAUGGGAGUGAGUUUGAGGGUGAAGAGAGUGAGGGUAGUUCUUCAUGA